ACCGGGUACGAUUUUACUACAUUACAAGCAAAACGCUUGUAAGAAGCAUAACUAAUUAAGCAACAAAGCGCUUGAAAUAAAGCUAUUAUUAAAAAAAUCAAAGAAUAGCGAGACUAAUCAACUACAUUAUUAUGCUAAUUUGAGUGUUACUAAUGCCCUUUGUUCUUCUCAAAGAGUGUAUCGUACAAGUCAACGAAAUGCUAUUUAGUAGUAUACAAACUAAAGUUUAAUAGAUAGCAUAUUAAUAAAAUAUCAUAGUAAAAUUAAUAUUAAAAUGAAAUAAUAUAUUCAACCCAUAUACUGCAUCAAUACUGAUAAAAAAUAGAAAAAUUUACAGACACGCGGGUUGAUCAUAUUGUAGCAAUCAAGACAGAGAGAAUUUUCUCAUAUAUUAUGUAUACCAUAUCGAUCUAACUUAUGCUAGAUGAUAAGACCGCAGUUGGUAUGCUAUCGCAAAUAAACAUAUUUCGCAUGGUCGACUUCUUUAUAAGAAGUAAUAUUUCACCCACUUCAUUUUUACCAAUAAUUGUAGUAAUAAUAUAUGAAAACAUCAUUUUUAUGACACAACUAUUAAACCAUCUUUAUGUCAUCAGUAUUCCUCAUCGUGACAUAACCAAAACACAUGUACCAUAAUUAUUAGGACACGUCUCACUAGUUGACUUGAAACUUUACAUAAAAAAGACUACAGGUUAGGUACUAGCUUCACACUGAUCAUCAUCAAAGUAUAAAAAUUGCAAAAAAAUUAAAAAUAUAUCAGAUGAUAACAAGCUAAGUUUAAUAACAUAAAACACUUCCCAGGCAAUCUUUCAAUGAUAUGUUACACUGUGACAUGUUAGGUAGUGAUUAAAAAAAUUCACAUCCCCGUUCGUGAUCAUUGUUCACCACAUUAUUUAAUUACCCCUAUGUUCAUUUUCACACCAAAACCCCAAGGAAUUCAUGACACCUAUUAUGGGUUUUCCCAUUUGCUUUGUCAGCUGAGACGGUGAUGGCUCAAAACGCUAUAAAAAAAGCCACUCCAUCUGCUUUGUUCAGGAUCAUCAACUCAAACAAGCGAGAGCGUGAGACACAAUUUAUAGAGGAGAAACUCAGACAGUUGACCUUCACUACUUGUGUGUUGAUCUUUCUACACUUGUGAGUCUUCUUCUUCUUCUUCUUCUUCUUGAUGGCAGCGUUCAGUCUGACGUCCGACAAGCAGUUCAUCGUCGCAUCGUACGCAGAAAACGAUCCGGAUUUCUACGUGUACGAGUACAAGGGCGAUCCGAAUGCUUUAGAAGCCACCCGAUGUUGUGAAGGUUGGGAGACUGACGGCGUUAGAGUGGGGCCGUCAGAAUAUGCAGAUUUCACGGCGCUAGAGUUGUUCGGCGUCACGAUCCAAGGGACGUCGACACAGUGGAGGGAGCUGACGAAGGACUUGAAGCUCGAAGGAUUCGACGGCCAGGCUUUUCGCCUGGUCGUGAACCGGCUCGGCCAGUGCUUCGUCGACAAGGUCAACGCUCCUUCCGUCAGGCUUCUGAGGCUGAACGACUGCUUUGGCUGGUCCAAGUACGGAGUGAAGCUGCCGAAAAGCAGUGUCGUCGGUUUCAGUUAUCCAAACGUGUGGAACAGAUGCGACAUUUACAGUGGUGAAACUGUGGUGGAUGUUCGAGGAAUCGUGCUCGAGGCCGAGGAAGCGAAGGCUGAGGUUCGGGUUCUGAGGAAGAGUCUGGAGGAGAAGCAGAAGGAGGUCGAGAACGCGAAGCUGGAGCUGGAGCUGUGUAAGAGGGAACUGGAGUGCACAAAGGGAGUGGUGAUGAUGAAAAGGAGCAAGGAAACAACGAGGAUUUGGAGUGCUGCGGAAAGAAAAUGGUGGAAAGCGUGUAGAGUUUGAAUUGUUGUUACUGAAUAAGUUAGCGGAAGUUAUCGAAGGUUAUCCUCGCGAGUCCUUAUUAAUCGAUUAUCUAGGCAAAGAAUAUAAAUUAAGUAAUGGGUUUUUUUUUUGUUUUAAUGAUUUUUCCUUAUGUGUGUUGAACAAUUUUGUUUUUAUGUCUUUAUGAACAAAUAAUAUAAGGUAUUGCGACUUCUUGUCUAAUAAAUAAGUCCGAUGUGUGGGGUUGGUUCAUAAAUAAAUAUGAAAGAAGCAAUGGCAAUAGUUGUUAUUAAUAGUUUACUCUUUCUUUGGGUCGGAAGGCAAAGAUGGAAGUAGUGAGGUGCGGUGAUCAACUGAUCAUGAAGGGGGUUUUAUUCUUGCCUGCCGGAAGUGGUGUCCAUCACCGGUCGGAGGAAGAUCGACUUUGAAGAAUAUGGGGGAGAUGAGAGGAGGGAGAGUAACACAUUUCCAAUGUGUUAGAUUACUGUCUUUUGCCAUCUUUUGAAACAUUUGGUUAGAGCGAAACUUCAGAACUUUCGGAGAUAAGAGAUGUACAUGGGACAGGAUAAUGCACAAAGUGGUGAACAAUUGCAUCAAUUGGAGUCUUGCCAAGGCUCUUCUAGAUCGACAAGAAGUACAGACACUCAAUCGAUUUUUGCUUGGUAGAGCAACCAACCCUUUUCAUCCUCCAUGAUCAUCCAUCUUACUGUGUCUCACAUCUCAACCUAAAUCUUGUCUACAUCUUUGUUGAAAUUCUCUUUCAAGCAGGUUGAUGUAAUAGGUACUUCGUAUUAUGUUGCAAUAACUGUGAAACAACGGUAACAACUCGUAAUUUGCGAGCUAUCUUAUUUUAUUAAUACACAAAUCAUUCAUAACAAAAACAACCCAAAAAGUAACAAGUAACACAUGCAUAAUUGCAAUAUUCAUCGUACCAAAUAUCUUACCAACUUCAUACCAACAAGUAACAAGUAACACAUGCAUAAUUGCAAAGAAUAGUUGAAAUGGAUCUCUUUGAUUUUUUUUUGUAUUAAACAAAUAUUAUUUUCUGAUUUCUUAAUUAUAAAAUGAUAAAAAUGAAAGAAAUUAUGUUUAAAAAAAAUACAAAAUCAUUCUCCUUGAAUUAUGUUUCUAGCCAGCUUCAAUUGAUCGGUACCUUCAAACGAUUACUUAUAGUAACAACCCCAACAAGUAACAAGUAACACAUGCAUAAUUGCAAUAAUCAUCAUUAUUUAUCGGUAAAGCCACGACUUACAAAGAAUUGUUGAAAUGGAUCUCGUUGAAAUUUUUUGUAUUAAAAAUUGUUAUUUUCUGAAUUUUUAACAAUAAAAUGAUAUAAAAAAAAGAAAGAAAUUAUAUUUAAAAUUAUUAAAAAAAUCUUCUUUUUUUUUUUUUUUUUGAAGCUCCAACCCGAAACUUGUAAUUUUUAGGUUAUAGAAAAAUAUUUUACAGCUGUACCAAAAGUCUACCCCUUAUAUAGAUGUAUUAGGCUGGACUGGACUUCAACUUUGGAUCUAAUUUUUGUUUUUAUAUAUAUUCUGACUCCGUCAUCCCAACCAAACCAAUUAUUCAUUGGGGGAAAGAGCUGAAUAAAUAUAUAAUGACCAACUCCUAUCUUCCAACUUGGUUCUCAAAGUCCUUGGUCAAUUGCCCCCCAAAUUAAAUUACGCUUAAUAACAGACAGCACCUACCUUGACUUGACUUGUAUAUAGGGCUGGCUAUUUGGUCCAGACUGUUUGGUUUUACCCGAAAUCGUACCGUAUAACCCGGACCGGGAUCGGGACCGGACUGGGACCGGAUAACAAACAAUCCAUUCUCAUAUUUGGACUUAGAUUUGAGGUAAAAACCCAAAUAAAGACCGGAUAAGAGA